GUCAAGUUCGGGCUGUCUUUGAAUAUUCUCAAGAUUCAGGCUCCUUUCGCAAUCACUGCUCCAAAUCAUCCAGGAUUCGCGUGUCGUCUAAUAAUCUUUUUUUAUAAUCUCAGCAUUGUUGUUUUCCUCCUCGUCGGAUCACGUGUGGAUAUUUUGGCGCCAAGAUUCUUGGUUUCUGCGAUAUCCGCCGCCCCUCCAUGUGCCUCGCGACCUCCGGAGCGCCUCCCGUCGACAUGUCGUCGGAGAAUUCGCCUGCGGACGCCGCUGAUGGCGAAGAGAGCAACCUAUUGCCGCCUCUGAAUUUUGAUGUGGUCGCUGAUGGAAUUUACCGGUCUGGAUUCCCUGAUGCUUCGAAUUUUCAGUUGCUGAAAACCCUAGGGCUCCGAUCAAUCAUAUACUUGUGUCCGGAGCCCUAUCCUGAAGCAAAUGUGCAGUUUCUGAAUGAAAAUGGCAUUCGUCUCUUCCAAUUCGGCGUUGAAGGAUCGAAGGAACCAUUUGUAAAUAUUCCCGAGGAAACCAUUCGCCAUGCGUUAGAAAUAUUAUUAGACAAGAAGAACCAUCCGCUCCUAAUUCACUGCAAACGGGGAAAGCAUCGCACUGGUUGUCUAGUGGGGUGCUUUAGAAAAUACCAUAACUGGUCUCUGGCUUCAAUUUUAGACGAAUACCAGAGGUAUGCAGGCGACAAAGCCAGAGUUUCAGACAUGAGGUUUUUAGAGCUGUUCGACGUCUCCCAAGUAAAUCUGCCCUUUCAUGUCGUGGAUUGAAGAUCAUAGUGUUACCUACUGCUCAAAUCCCUGCCACUAUCCGUGCAUUGAUAAACCUUCCGCUGACAAGGCAAGUCAUGCUAAGCGAACCAUGUGUGACAAGUGGAGCUAAAGUCGCCGCGUCUGAAGUUAUUAUUUUAUGAAAAGGAUGUAGAACUGUGGGGCCCACCACAAACCCUAAUUAAUUAAUGAACCUCCAAUCAUGCAUGGAAAUAAGCUCUUGUACUUUUA